UAAGCUCCCUCCCAACCCCAACCAUUCCCUGACCCCACAACCCAAAUUUAAUCCCCUUUAAUCCUCAAUUAUGCCCCCAAAACCCUUCCAAACCCCCAUUUUUAUGGAGCCACCCCUUUCUCUGCCCCUGCUGCUCCUCCCUGGGCCAUGCCUGACACUCAGACUCUGCCAUUUUAAAGCAAAUCUUCUCCCCGCCCCCUAAAAAGCAGGAAGAGUUCAGCCACAAAACCCCAACGCCUUCCUCUGUGGAGGGGACAGAGCAGUGCCAGGGACUUGGUGGCACUGCCCACGCCAGGGUGGCACUGCCCAAGAAGAUGCCCAAGCAGAGGAAUGGAGUUUUCCUGCUCCUGGUGCUGCUCCUGGGGCACUGGGCACGGCAGGGCCGGGCGGGGCAGUGCCAGGAUGGAGAGAUGAGAGCGGUGUGGGGAGAUGGCACCAAGUGCUGCCCUAAAUGCACCUGGAAAGGAGGAAGCAGCAGCCCCUGCGAGGCGGCGCAGGACCACGACUGCAAAUGUCCCCCAGGGCACAGCUGUGCCGACGAGCCCUGCCAGUACUGCCAGAAGGUGCCUCUCUGUGAGCCCGGACACGAGCCCACCAGGAUCGGAAAAGUCAAUUUCAAGUUCGAGUGUAAACCCUGUGAGACCGGGACUUAUUCCAGCAGCAGGAACGGCUGGUGCCGCAACUGGACUGACUGUGAGAGCAGCGGGUUCAUAACGCUCCAGGAAGGGAACAGCACCCACAACUCCGUGUGCGGCUUCCCCAUGAGACCUCUGGAGCCAGCUCGGAUUCCCCUGGAAUUCCCUUCCAGCACCAUCCUGGCCAUCCUGACGGCCGUGGCCGUGUUCGUGCUCAUCCUGCUCACAUUCCUGCUGCACUUCUGCAUCUGGACCCUCAGGAAGGACAAAAAAAACCCACCUGGAGAUUUGGGACACAGCUUCCCGCGGCUGCCGCCGCCCCCGCAGCUCCCGCUCCAAGGGGAGGAAUCCUACAGCAUCCAAUUCCCAGAGGAGGAACACGGGGAGAAAACGGCCGAGGAAAAACUUUCCAUCUUAUCCCUCAAAGUCUACAUGCAACUCCCACCCCCAACCAAAAACUCUGGGAAAAGCCGAUGGAAGCUGGAACUUGGCUGCGGUCCCGCGUCCCCUGGGCUGGCUGUGAAUUCCCUGGCACCUUCCCCGGGGGUCACAGCGCCCUUCCAGAACAUUCCCAGGGCUUUUCCUGCUGCUGCACAAUGGUUGGGAUCAGCUCCAGUGCUCCCAGAGCCCAUCCUGGCCUCACCUUCCCCCUCCCUGGAUUACCUGAUCCCACAGGAGCGGCAGUGGGAGGACGGAGCUGUCGCAACCCAAAACGCUUCCAAGCAAAAUUCCACCCUCGAGGAAUCAUUUCCCAAUUCCUGGACAAGGGGAGAGGCUCAGUUAUGGAUUUCAAGAUGUUUCAGCCACCCCAAAACCUUCUGUGCUCCCUCAGCUUUCCUCAGCUCAGGGGAAAAUGGGAUAUUCCAGAGGGAUUUAACCAACCUGGCCUUGGACACUUCCAGGCUUUGGGAAGAAACCCCAUUUUAUUUUUCCCACCUGGAAAAAAAAAAUAUCUCCACUCCGUUGCCUUUAGGAAAACCAGAUCUUGGAAAUGGAUACAUUUGGAUCAGCCAAAUCCCAUUAAAUUCGGAUUUGAUUGGGAAUUUUACUGCUUUUCCAACACUGAAUUCCCAUCCUGCUGCAUCCCAGUUCUGGAACUUCCCUAAAUCCAGCUGCCAGCAGCACUGGUGGGAAAUCUGGGAGGACUGGGAGCUAUUCCAGCCCUGAAUCCACCCCUGCAUCAUUUCCCGUGUCCUUUUCUCUCCUCCAGGAGUUUUAUUUCCUAAACCACCCCGUGAAACUUUGAACUUUCCCAAAGCCCAACGCAAUUCCGGGCAGGAUUUUUCCUGGGACUAGAAAAAAUUCCACAGAAACUCAACUCAGAGCUGGGUUAAAUUUCAAUUCUUUUAUUCAAUAGAAAUUCCAGUGAAAAUGUCUAAAAUGGAUUUUAUCAGCUCCCAGGCACUGAAACAGGAGAUAACUGCGAGAUAGAAAACUUCUUCUCUCCAAGGGCAGCUGCUGGAGCUGCUCUUCCCCAUUUUUCCAGGGAAAAAUCAUCUUUAUGGAUGUGUUUAUCCACGCAGGUGGAUUGCAGAGAUAAAGUAGAAUAUUCAUUUAUUAAUUAAAAUUAAUGAGUAGUGGAGAAAGUGGGAAUUUUUUCACCUUUUUGCCUUCUCCAGGAUGUUUUGGUCACACCCUACCUUUGAAAAUUCCCUGUCCACAGCGUUUCCAGUGGGAUUUUAUUCCAAGCUUCCCCAGGGACACUUUGUAAUUAAAGGAAUGAAGUUUUUGGUUUCAGUUCUUUGAAAGAGAAUGAAUUGAAUUAAUUUCAUAAUUAAGCUGCUGAAAGGUCAGAUUUGUUGGGUUUCAGGAAGCACCAAACUCCAAAAAUCCCCCUUUUUUUGGGGCUUCUUGGGAAGGCAGAAAUGGGAAUUGGGAAGAUUCCAGUGAGAAAUUGUGGAUUCCAAAGGGGAAGUGCUGGAAUGAGGCAAAUAAAGGGAAGGAAAACAAGGAAUCCAAGGGUGGAAAUGCAGGAAAAAGAGACAAUGGAGAGGAUUAAAUUCAUAUUUUGGGGAGACACUGCAACUUCCAAAGGAAGGAAGAUCUUCCAUGAAAUUAUGGGAACUCUGGAAAGAAAAGCUGCAAAAAUGAGAGUUGGGAAGGAGCCACCUCAAGCAGGACAACACAUCCAUCUUUUCUCUGGGGCGAAGCCAUUCCUAGCUGGAAAUUCCAGGGAAUUCUGCUCUCAUUUCCCAGGAUAAAGGCUGGAUGUGGGGAAUCUCUGGGAAUCACCUUUUUUCCCUGUAAAACGUGAUGAAUCCCAUCCCAAACAGAAGAUUUUGGGAGCUGAGGGCUUGGCAGAACCUUUGGAAUUUAUAAAAUCCCUUUAAAAGUGUUCUUCUCUCCAUUUUAAAAUCAACCAGGGAUCUAACCCUGAGCUAUUCCCAUCGUUUGGAAAUUUAAGGAAUGAUUCCCAAUCGGAAGCAGCUCCUUAAACCAAGAGCAGCCUCAAGGCCUGAAUUUCACCAGAAAAAUUCUCUUGCUUUGAUUUUUAUUUCAACCUCGGGGUUUCUGUGUUGAGAAUCUUCAGCAGGAAAAUUUUAGGAUCCA